UCUGAGAAAUACCCGGUCAUGGUAUUCAUUCAUGGGGAGAGUUUCGAAUGGAACAGCGGCAAUCCUUACGAUGGCACUAUAUUAGCAGCUUACGGCAACGUUGUUUUCGUUACAAUUAAUUUCCGACUCGGCAUCUUAGGUUUUCUGAGGCCCGGAAUUAGAGAUGACACAGCAAGCAAUUUCGGAUUAUUGGAUCAAAUAGCGGCGUUGCUUUGGCUUAGGGAGAACAUCGCAGAAUUCGGUGGUGAUUUUAACAGAGUCACUUUGAUCGGUCACGGAACCGGAGCCAUCUUUGCUAAUUUACUUCUAAUUAGCCCGGUCACCAACAAGAAAGGUUUGUUUAAACGGGCCAUCCUGAUGUCUGGAUCGGCAAUGAGCGCGGACGCGAUCGGAAAGGGGCCACUGCAAAUCACCAAGCAGGUGGCUCACGCUCUCAACUGUCCCACCACCAGCGACAGCGAACUGGCGAUCUGCUUGCGCAACCAGGACGUAGACAGGCUGCUACACGCGAAAAUCCACAAGCCGAAAUACGUGCCGGCCUACGCGCCACUGAUCGACCGUGCAGUUAUCCCCGACAAACCCUUCAAUUUAAUGGAGAACGCUCAGCUCUUUGGCAGGUUUGACUUGAUGUAUGGCGUGACCGAGUCCGAGAAAUUUCACAUCCUGCCACCAGUUGCUUUGUUACACGGCAUGCUUGACGGACAACGAGAUGAAAUCCUACGAGAUCAUGUCAAAGCGACGCAUGAACUGGAGCCGGAGCUGAUCCUGUCGAAAGUGCUGGAGCAAUACGGCGACUUUUCCAACGGAUUCACGAAAGAGUACGCCACGAAGAAUCGGGACAUGGUGCUGGAGGCGUUAUCGGAUAGCGGCACCGUGGCGCCGUUAAUAAUGACUGCCAAUUUGCAUUCAAGGGCGAACCCGAAGAGCUACAUGUACGUCUUCUCGCAUCCGAAAGCUAUGCAAGACUACUCUGGCCAACAACAUCAACAUACCGUGCACGGGGAAGAAUUGCCUUAUGUACUCGGUGUUCCAUUGGACGGCAGCAAGUACGACUUACGAGGUCGAUACGACAUCCGAGAGACGCUGUUUUCAGAAGCUAUUAUGAACUGGUGGUGCAGUUUUGCCUAUAAUGGGAAUCCCAAUGUCGUCAAGCAACAUCCAUACCUGACUAAUGGGUUUAAGGAAUGGGGCCAGUACGAGGUCGAGUGGCCAGAAUACGAUCCGGUCAAUCAGACAUAUUUCAAUCUAACCAUACCACCUGACAUAGGUACGCAUUAUCGCGCGGCGGAGAUGCAGUUCUGGAAUGAGGACCUGCCCAAUCUGCUCAGGCACCCGAAUAAAGACAUCUCGAGCCCGACACGAUCGAGAGGACCGCGACCGCAGAUUCUCGACUUCGCCGACGGGAUCGGCAAAUAUGCCAACAGUACCGCAAAUCGAAAAUACACAACUCCGCCAAGUACAAUCUCCAACACAGACAAGCCAUUUUCAAUCGCGGUUACGACGGAUGGAAGCAUCGGGCAGGGAUCUACGGUGGAGACCGACAUGUUGAAAAGCUCGUCGACGAUGAUGAUGGUGAUUGUCUUCUUCGUGGUGUUCAUACUGAUAAACUUUACGGCCUUCCUGUACAUCUACUAUAAAAAGCAGAGCGUAAGGAGGAAGGAGAAGUCGUUGAAGAGACGAGCCAGCGAGAAGAAAGACGACUCCGUCAAGAGGUCGAAGACUGAUAAGCACGAGAACCAUUAUGGCCAGCUGGGCUACAAAAGCGAUAGCAAGCCAGAUCUGAACGACGUGAUAAAGAAUGACAAGGCGUACGACAACAACUCCAACUUUGGACGCAGAUCGAAACUGUCGAGGCAAAACUCCAGCUCUACUAUUGACACUCACAUCAAGGUCAGGGAGUGGAUUCAACAGGAGAUUGUGCACAGAUGUUCACCGAGGUUCCUGCGCAAAACGCGAGAAACGUUGCAGAAGGAGCACCAGGAGAAGCUGAACAAGCAGCAGCAAGAAGAGAAGCAACGCAUAAUAGAGGAGACGCUGAAGGAAAGGAGAGACGAACCGAUCUACGACGAGAGUCCAGCGCUGAUUGUGCGUCCUGGAAAGAAGUCGAAGCUGCCGAAAAUCUCCGUGGCGAUCGACGCAACUCCAGCCACCAGAACCGAGUCCGUUCUGAAUCAAGUACCGAUCGAGUUAACCAGGAGCAUCGAGGUGCCGAACGAAUACGAACCGAUUGCGGAUCAAUUGAUGACGCCCGAGGUGAUCGUCAUCGAGCAUCAUCAUUCCAGGAGCGAUCCCCUGCCGAUGGAACACGUCCUGAAGACGACGAUGCCGAAUUUCUCCAGUCCCAGGAUCCACGAGCCCGACGCGGAAAGCUCGAAUAGUUUAUACGCGAAGAUCAAUCCCAAGCUGAAGUCCCGUUUGCCUCGUCCCGGCCCGGGAACAAACGAGGCGCCACUGUCCAAUCAAUCCAAAUACGAGAAUCCAGUUCCUAGCGAAGAGAUCUACGUAAAGACCGGACCGAUUUUGACGACCUUCGGUACGAGCGACGUGAACGUCACGUGUCGGGAACCGAUCGUGGAGAGAGAGUGCAUCAGCCCGGAGGAGGCUCUGCAGACAAUCAAACGCCGAAACUAUCCCAAGGUGCUUCCGGAUAUAGAGAAGAGACGAUCGCUCCCGGCGCCGAGUAGUCUCUUUGUGCCGAAACAGCACGCAAAUUCAUUAAAGGACUACAAGAGCGGGAAUCGAAUGAACUUCUUUUCGAGUCAACCGCCAUUACCGCCACCCAGAAUAUUUGGGAAUCCCUCGAGGAGCCUCGAUAAGGGCGGGUUCUUCGCCGAGGAGAGCGAAAAUCAGUGCGAACACGAGCCCAUCACGACGAACCUACACGUGGGUCCGCUGCUGAAGAGGCAGGAUUCGGGUAGAAACAAUUCCGAUCCCAAUAUAAUAGAUUCCUUAGAGGAGAGCAGAAGUGUUCAACCUAGCGGAAGCGUAGACACCAUUUACGCGAAUCCAAAGUGUCCGCUUCACGGGGGUCAUCAGUAUCGCUUCUCGCCGACCUCCCACAGCGUUGACGAGGAUAUCGGGAAAUCGGCCGCGCUCUUAGAACCGGGCAAUCCCAAUUGGUACAAACCGAGCGAGCCACCAACCGUAAUGACGUCGACGGUCUCCGAACCGCAAAUCGUGGUUGGCGGGAUCGAAAGGGAUGCGACGGCGCAACCCAAGAUCGUGAUCACGCCGAGAGAGGUUAAUCCAUACCAGGCCAAUCAAUACCCGAGCCCGUCAAUCUCGUCGACACCGGCGUCCGAGGGCGACAAGAGAAGUUUCGAGCAGAAGCACGAGCCUGUCAAUCAGCCUCCGAGUGAUCCGCCGCGAGAUGGGGGAUCAUCCUCGGACAGGCCGGACAAUUCUUCGCCGGUGGAGAGAAGAGAGCCCCGGAUAAUCAUCACUGCGCGGGAGCCGAAGAGUUCCACGGGUAGUCAGAAGCAGCCCAAGAUCAUCAUAAAGCCGACGGCGAGUCUGCCGAGAAGCCGGGAUCAGAGGAAUAUACCGAAGGUGUCAGCCAUACCGUCCCCGGAACAGCAGAAUUGUCAGAACAGCGAGCGAGACAGGGUGCUGGAGCUGAGGGAGAAGCCUUCCCUGAGGGAGAAGCCGAGGGUUACGAGGAUACCGUCGUUUUCACGUAGGCGGGAGGAACAGCCCGGGAUUGAAAGGCCGUCCUACGUCGUAGAGAGACCGGAAGUCGCGUCUAGGACAGACACGACGAACCCCAGUAAAAUCACGGAUCCAACGUCGACGUGCAACGACGCCACCAGGUCGUGCAUACCGACGCCUACGACGAUGCCAAAGAGCGAGAAGACCUCCAGCACGGACUCGUCGUCCACCAGCAACGGGAAUUCCAGCAACUCGAAUACCGGGACGAUCAAACGCAAACCGGCGAGCAAGAAAUAAUUGGCCCGAGCCAUUUUCGCGAACGUAGAUUCGGAAUUUCACGUCGGAGACAUCCCGAUGCAAUUAUCCCGAGUUUUUUCCUCAUGAAGCAUUUGCAAGGUUUUUUGAACUAUCGCCGUCGAAUGAUGAACGGAAAAAUAAUUUCCUCUCCCAAUUUUUUUGAACAAAUAUUUUAUUUAUAGCAUUUAGUGCAACAAAUACAAUGAUCCAGGAGUUGAAGAAAAACAUGAUGACAUCACAAAUUCAUGAAACAAUGAGACAAUUUUUCAGGGCGAUAUAGAUAUUGCAUUUUAGCGACUCUAACUUUAUUUAUGUGUAACUUUUUUUAUUACCGUUAUUAUUAAUUCUAUUAUUUUUCUACGACUAAUUGAAACUAUGUUGGUACACAACAAGUACAUAAUUGCAUAUUGUGUAAAUAUUGAUUAAUAUUGUGAUGUUCAAGACAAUAAUAUUUUAGUCCGUUAAGCAAACCGCAUUACACGCUUUAUGAGCUGUCAAAAUUAUUUUAAUUGAAUUGCGAGCAGUUGUCGAUCAGAUUUAAAUGAAUUUUAAAUGAGAUCGAUUUUAGAUAUUGGUUGACAAUAAUCCGCUAUAGUUGUUAAUACAAUUUUCAAAGCGCACGCGUCUCCGUACGCGCAUAUAACUUUAUACAUUAUAAAUACGAUGCAAAUAUACGUUUUUCGUACUUUUCCAGCAGAGAA